AUGCCCGGUCGUCGCAGUCGCAACCGGACAGUCGAGUCCUACGAACUUCCGUCGUCGCCACCCGCCGCCGCGGUCGAAGAGCCGCUGCUGAACAGCGACAAUUCCUUCAACUCCAAUCCCGAUCGGAGCGGUGAUGCAUCGCUUCAGCCACUCUCGCCUCCACGAUGGUCCCGCGGGAGCUCCCGCCGUAGCCGAGAAGGCCGCACCGACGAUCCCCUCUUCGUCGAAGCAUCGUUCUCCCCCUCGACGUCGGCAAAUCCAGCCGAUCAAGCUGCGUCUCAGGGUAUGCCCGUACCGAUUCGAGAGGGACCUUUCACGCCGCCUCACGCACGUCCUGGCCCGCGGCCCAUAUCUGCUGCCAGCACGUUCAUGUCUUUCCCUCGCUCGAAGAGCGCGCUGAGCGAUUACGAUUCGGUCUACCAGCUUUGGCGCCGCAGUGACACGCCCAGCAGCUUCAUGGAAUUCGCCGACGGUGACUCGAGACGUGCUAGCUCUGCCAUGGAUCUGGAGAAGAUCGAAGCAUAUCGCGCUGGUGGUGUGCAUCCCAUGUCGCCAGGUCUGGCCCAGAAGGAAUACCAAAGUCUACACAAGGGCCAGGCCGGAAAGAAGGGCCGAAAGGACUAUCGAGCCGUGGGUCUGGCCAAGUACGGUCGCGGCAAAGACAAGCGCAUGUCGGCAUCGAGGAAAUGUCUCAUCAUUACGGCUGUCGGCCUUGUCAUCGCCAUCCUCGCUGUCGCUAUUGUGGUGCCCGUGUACAUGUUCUUCCUCAGGGACCACGGACGACCGAGUCAGGCUAAUUCCGACACCUCUGGUGGCUCUGGACAAGGAUCGACACCUUCCAAACCCGGCAGUCCCACGCCGGAAAGGCAGGUAGCCAUUUGGGGUACCAAUGGAUCCGUGAUCGAUCUCGGCAACGGCAACAGCUUCACCUACAUCAACAAUUUUGGCGGACGAUGGGCUUCGCAGCCGCUCAACAACACGGCUCAGGCUCAAAACUACACGCCUCCUCUUGAUCAAGAGUUCGAUUUCGCUCGAAACAGGAUGCUCGGCGUCAAUCUGGGCGGUUGGCUGGUCACUGAGCCUUUCAUCGUUCCCGCUCUCUACGAACCAUACGAGAACACGUCGAGCCCGGUAGUCGAUGAAUUCACCCUGUCGCAGCGAUACCGAUCGGAGGGAGGCGUCGAGAAUUUGCGGCAAAAGAUGACCGAGCACUACGAGACCUUUAUCACCGAGCAGGACUUUGCCAACAUUGCUGCGGCUGGACUCAAUUGGGUUCGCUUGCCCUUCGGCUUCUGGGCCGUCGAGACGUAUGCCAACGAGCCCUUCUUGGAAGGCGUGUCGUGGAACUAUGUCCUUAAAGCCAUCCAAUGGGCUCGGAAGUACGGUUUGCGCAUCAACCUUGAUCUGCAUGCCGUUCCAGGCUCGCAAAACGCCUAUAACCAUUCCGGUCGCUUGAACUUCCUCAACUUCUUGAUGGGUCGGAUGGGCCGGGCGAACGGCGAUCGGACCAUGGACUACAUCCAGCGUGUGACGCAAUUCAUCAGUCAGCCCGAGAUUCGCAAUGUGGUACCUAUGUUCAGCGUCAUCAACGAGCCCAAUGCUAUCAGCAUCGGACAGCCGGCGCUCGAAUCGUGGUAUUCCCAGCUCUACACAAUGCUGCGCCGUAUCACUGGUACCGGUGCGGGCAACGGCCCUUACAUCACGAUUCAUGACGGUUUCCUGCCUCUCAACUCGUGGCAAGGCUUCCUGAGCGGCUCCGACCGAGUCGCUUGGGACACGCAUCCCUACAUCUGCUUUGGCGAGCAAAACAAUGAUCCCUGGGACGUCCAAAUCCUCAAGCCGUGCCGCCAAUUCACUCCUCUGACCGACAGUGCCCGUUCCAACAUGGGGGUCACCAUGGGGGGCGAGAUUUCGCUGGCCAUCAACGACUGCGGGCUCUUCCUGAACGGCGUCAAUCAGGGAACCCGCUAUGAUGGCUCCUACCGAGGAAACGUCGCCGGCGAGUUUCCCAGGAUGGGCUCCUGCCAAUCGUUUGACGACUGGGAGAACUACACCGACGACAUGAGAGAAGGGCUGCGCCGCUUCGCCUUGACCUCGAUGGACUCUCUUCAGGACUUUUUCUUCUGGACCUGGAAGAUUGGCAACAGUCUGAGGACGGGAAAGCCAACCUCUCCCAUGUGGUCGUAUUCAUUGGGGCUGCAGCAAGCUUACUUCUGCGCUUCUCGCUUUGCCUUCAAGUCGGAUGAAUCUCACACGAUGAACGCCCUCAAGCACUAUCGCUCGCAACUGAGCGUACGAGGCAAACCAGAUGCCAAGCAGAAAGGUCUCCGGACCAAAGCCUCAGCCGUGUCACUACCGCCCGACGAAGCCGUGGCUGACGAUACCGCACCUGCCGCAUCGAUGGACCGUUCCGGUGCCAUCACGAGCGGCAACUCCUCUUCCGCGGCUUCUUUUACCCGCCACGAAGAUCACACACGCGAUGAGCCAACGUUCUCUCCCCCUGCAUCGACGUCUGAAUACCAAUGGCGGUACCAGUCAGCGCGCAAGAUCUGGUAUAGGAAGGUUGACUCAAUGGCCAACUUCGUCUUGCACUGGCAGAGGCGAUUCCACGAGCAUGGCGAUAUGUUUGCCUCAUGCACAAUCAACGUUCAGCCCUCAUCGGCCGAAGCGGGUAACCCGGUGCAAUGCGAUCUAUCCAAAGCUCAGCUGAGGGAAGCUGUGCGAAGAUUGCGCCACGACCAUCCGACCAUUGCGCUGCGCCUGGCAAGGAGAGGGCAAGAAGGCAUCGAGCCGCUGUCGAACAUUCCCAAAAUUGUGGCCAAGAAUGUUGAUUUGCAGGUCGCGCUGGUGUACGAUGUUGUGGAGACGGAAGAUGAGGUAGAAAGAUGGCUGGAUGACGUUGUUAUCGUUCAUGAGGAUGAAGAGAGGUAUGAAGAAGGAGAAUUCCGAGGUUUCGUAGCAAGGUCAACUGCUGAUGGCGUCGCCGGUCGAGAUCGACUACGCAUUCAUUACUGGCCAGCGAAAGGAGGAGUGGAUGCAAGGGUGUUGAUCGAGCAGUGCCAUUCCGUCAGCGAAGGCAUCGGUCUAUGGCUCGUGUUUGAUCUUCUCCUCGCAUCCGUUUCGUCUGUUCUCAACAACUCUGCCCCGACGGAGCUCGAGUGGGGACCAGAAGUUACCCGACUCGAGCCGGCGCUUCAAGAUGCGAUCGCUGAUCCACCUGCUACGUGGCAAGUCUCGCCCGCCGAGAUCAAGAAGGUCGAAAAGAUUAACGCGGACCGCAUGAACGGCAAGGCUUCUGCACCUAAUGCGAUCGACAAGAUCGGGACCAAAGUCGUCGCCAUGACCUUGGAAGGCCACAACAGCAAGAGCAAGGUCCGCUCCAAAGUCAUCAACAAGCCUCUCGUCAGGUUGUGUCGAAGCGUCGCCGAGACGGGCGAUAUGCUGCCCCUGGGAGUUCUACCGCAGACAGGAAUUCCUUUCACCGGCAAAGUGACACAUACGGAUUUGAUCUCCCAGACGCUUGACCCAGAACAGACGAAAGCCUUGCUGGCAGUGUUGAAAAAGCGAGGUAUGACUUUGGCGCCUUUCAUGGAGGCCUGUAGCUGCAUGACGACCAUGUGGGUGCGCAAGCAACGCGGACUUGUACCGCGUGGUCAGGCGAAGAAGUACGGUGGGUACGACGACCCAAAUCGCAUCCUGGGCAGCUUCAGCAACGCCAUCAGUAAACGGGAUACCUUGGAUCCGAAGUACGCUCGGUAUCUGGGGUUGUGCAUGUCCGGUUUCCCGACCAAAGUCGCUGCUGGAAGCGCAACCUUCUCCCCUUCCUCCGACGCUUCCCCUGGCACGGUCGAUGCACUUCCCUCGAUCACCGCCACCGACCUCACCACCCUCUUCUCGCUAUCCGCCGAACUCGCAUCGCAAUACAAAUCCGGCAGAACCAACACCGAUUGGCUGCGUCACGACCAAGCCCUCAUGUUCAACACAAUGACCACCGAAUACCUCUUCCUCCGCGACGCCGCACACUACCCCUCCAUGCCUUGGCUCAGCAGCAUCGGUCGCAUCGACCCCAUCUGCCGUCCCUCCCACCGAAUCGAAGGAGUCGGAACGCUCGAAGCGCACAACGUCGAGUGUGUAGGUCGCGUAGGCAUCCGUCAACCCAUCCUCCACGUCUACUCCUUCCGCAUGCAAACCACCAUCCAAUUCUCCUUCGCAGAUUGGCUCUACAACCCCCCCAGCGACGCUAACAAGGAGUCGGAGAACAUCCUCGCUUUCUGGUUGAAAGUCUUCCGCUCGCUCAUCGAUGCAACCCUUCAGGCCGAAUGA